AGUUUUACUAUGGCACAUGCGCAGUACGGAAUCUGUCUGUUAGUUUGUCGGCGCUACCAAUAAAGUUUUAGUGAGCACCGACUCCCUUUUCUUUGGCAAGAUGGCGGAGUACGACUUGACUACUCGCAUCGCGCACUUUUUGGAUCGGCAUCUAGUCUUUCCGCUCCUUGAGUUUCUCUCUGUAAAGGAGAUAUAUAAUGAAAAGGAAUUAUUACAAGGUAAAUUGGACCUUCUUAGUGAUACCAACAUGGUAGACUUUGCUAUGGAUGUAUACAAAAACCUUUAUUCUGAUGAUAUUCCUCAUGCUUUGAGAGAGAAAAGAACCACAGUGGUUGCACAACUGAAACAGCUUCAGGCAGAAACAGAACCAAUUGUGAAGAUGUUUGAAGAUCCAGAAACUACGAGGCAAAUGCAGUCAACCAGGGAUGGUAGGAUGCUCUUUGACUACCUGGCAGACAAGCAUGGUUUUAGGCAGGAAUAUUUAGAUACGCUCUACAGAUAUGCAAAAUUCCAGUACGAAUGUGGGAAUUACUCAGGAGCUGCAGAGUAUCUUUAUUUUUUUAGAGUGUUGGUUCCAGCAACAGAUAGAAAUGCUUUAAGUUCACUCUGGGGAAAGCUGGCCUCUGAAAUCUUAAUGCAGAAUUGGGAUGCAGCCAUGGAAGACCUUACACGGUUAAAAGAGACCAUAGAUAAUAAUUCUGUGAGUUCUCCACUUCAGUCUCUUCAACAGAGAACAUGGCUCAUUCACUGGUCUCUGUUUGUUUUCUUCAAUCACCCCAAAGGUCGCGAUAAUAUUAUUGAUCUCUUCCUUUAUCAGCCACAAUAUCUUAAUGCAAUUCAGACAAUGUGUCCACACAUUCUUCGCUAUUUGACUACAGCAGUCAUAACAAACAAGGAUGUUCGGAAACGUCGGCAGGUUCUAAAAGACCUAGUUAAAGUUAUUCAACAGGAGUCUUACACAUAUAAAGACCCAAUUACAGAAUUUGUUGAAUGUUUAUAUGUUAACUUUGACUUCGAUGGGGCUCAGAAAAAGCUGAGGGAAUGUGAAUCAGUUCUUGUGAAUGACUUCUUCUUGGUGGCUUGUCUUGAGGAUUUCAUUGAAAAUGCCCGUCUCUUCAUAUUUGAGACUUUCUGUCGCAUCCACCAGUGUAUCAGCAUCAACAUGUUGGCAGAUAAAUUGAACAUGACUCCAGAAGAAGCUGAAAGGUGGAUUGUAAAUUUGAUUAGAAAUGCAAGACUGGAUGCCAAGAUUGAUUCUAAAUUAGGUCAUGUGGUUAUGGGUAACAAUGCGGUCUCACCCUAUCAGCAAGUGAUUGAAAAGACCAAAAGCCUUUCUUUUAGAAGCCAGAUGUUGGCCAUGAAUAUUGAGAAGAAACUUAAUCAGAAUAGCAGGUCAGAGGCUCCUAACUGGGCAACUCAAGAUUCUGGCUUCUAUUGAAGAACCAUAAAGAGAAGAUGAAAAAAAAAAAAAGAGAAGAAAGAUGAAAUAAUAAAACUAUUAUAUAAAGGUUGACUUACAUUUUGGAAACAACAUACUGAGUAUACAUUUUGAAGAAUUGGAAUAAAAUUGACUGAUUCAUUUUA